AUGCCGGGGGAGAGACGAGGCCGGGCCCUGCGGGAGGCGGAGGACCUGUGCAGGUUGCGCUGUCUCGCUGUGGUUCUCCUGCUCCGCGCGCCUCUUCCCCAGAGAGCCCGCGCCAGAGUCGUGGCUUCCCGCUGGACCGAGGGCAUCAGACCGCCUCACAGAUGUCAGGCCCUUGUGAACCAAGUGGCAGCCACGGUUCAGAACCGUUUUAACAAAAAUCUGCCCAGUGGAGAAGCUCUGUGUGGGGUGUUCACAAGGGACUAUCGACACGACGCCCUCAACUCUCAGGUACUUGUCACCGUGCCUGCCUGCUUUGAAAUCCUGCUGCUGGCUCCUCAUCGCCAGGCGUGGGUGAAGAGGAUCAGAUAUGUGAUACUUGAUGAGGUCCACUGUCUUGGUGGAGAGAUCAGAGCGGAAGUCUGGGAGCAUCUUCUGGUCAUGAUCCACUGUCCCUUCCUGGCUCUGUCGGCCUCCAUAAGCAACCCCCAGCAUCUCACCGAGUGGCCACAAUCAGUAACGUGCUGGAGACAAGCAGACAGUACGAUGGCAAAGAAUGCUGCCUCUCAGAGACCCGCUGGUCCCCGCACCGGUGUGCACAGAGACUAUGCACUACUGAAGCAGUCUUACAAAGUGAGACUUGUGCUCUACAGGGAGAGGUACAAUGAUUUGGAGAAGCACGUAUGUUCAGUGAGGGAUGGUGGGAUUCCGUUCGACCAUUUUCACCUGUGUACUGUGCUGACCACGGACCACAUACAAAGGGUGGGGGUGUGUCCUGAAAUCUCUCUGUCUCUGGUCCCUGAACUGUAA